CUUUAUAACUGCGCCGUGAUUCUUCAUGUGGAGGCAAGUCGCGCCCCAGCUUCUGUUAAAACUCCAUCUGGAUGGUGAGUUCUGGUGCAGCCCCCAGGUCCUGCUCCCAUGUUUCUGUGUGAGAGUUGGCGCUGUGCUCUCCUGCUCUCUUCCCUCCUCCUUCACACUAGCCUGUCCCUCUACAUCCCUGAGAGCCCUCUUAUGUACUUUAACGAUCAAGUCAGAGAGAGGCACCUCUAUACAGAGAACAGAAGACAGGGACUAUUCCUGGAGAUAGCUCCAGAUGGAUCCGUAACAGGAUCUCCCACGCAGACAGCUAACAGUUUACUGGAACUGAGGUCUGUGAAAGCUGGUGAAACAGUAAUUCGGGGUGUGAUGUCAUCCCUCUACCUAUGUGUAGACCAGGAGGGACAUCUCAGAGGCCAGCGGCUGUACAGAGAGAAGGACUGCACCUUCCGGGAACUGCUCCUGCCAGAUGGAUAUACCCUCUUCCUGUCUCCUCACCAAGGACUUCCUGUUUCUCUUGCACCAAAGUCACCCGGACAGGACAGUCCGCGGCUCUUUCAGUUCCUCCCUGUGAAGAACGCUCUGAUCUCAGGGGUGGGCCCAGAGGGGGGCAGCGAGGAGGCCCUCGCACCACCCCAGGGGGCCACAGACUUGGACUCCCAGGACCCCUUUGGGAUGGAGCUCGGGUCUCGCCUCGACAUGGUACAUAGUCCAGGAUUCCUCCACAGGAAAUGA